AUGUAAAAUCCUAGUAUCCUGAAUUUACAAUAAGUGAAAUAGUUUUAAGUUAGAAGACCUUAAAUAACGAAAGGUUCUCCUUUAUUAAAGGGAAACUAGGUUUAGAUUAUAGGUAGAGUGUUUAUAAAUAAGAUAGCAAACAAUCGUAAUUAAAGCUUAUUAAGUGAUUAACCUUAACACUUAAAAAUAAAGUAAUAAGAAGAAUAAGAAUUGUAAUUAUAAAUAAUUAUAAGAUUAGAGGAAUACAUAAUCAAUUUGAGAGGAGAAUAUAAAAGCAAAACUAAUUUGAUAUAAAAUAAUAAGUAAUAAGUCAUAAAAUAAUUUAUAGGAUAAUAUAUUCUAGUUGAAAUUAAGUAAUGAGCAUUAAUUGAAUUAAUUGAAUAUGUAAUUAAUAAAGAAGAAUAAAAUUCUUAGCAAUAGACUUCAUUAAUAAUAUAAAGUAUUUAAAUAAUUGCAAUAAGAUUAAUGAAUCUUAAAUGGAGUAAAUAAGUAAAUUGCAGGAGACGAAUCAAGCAUAUGAAUAACAAAUUAAUUAAUUGGAGGAGAAAAUAAAAAAAUAGAAGUCGAAAAAGAAAUAAUUAAAAGAAUAGAUUGAUCAACUUUAAUAAGAAUUAGAUGAGAUGUAGGAGAAAUAUUAGAAUCAUUCUAAUUAAGAUAUGAAUUAAGAAGUAAAAAUAAGUAAUAGUAAAGGAGGUGCCAUAAUAACAAAAUCAUGUUCCUUUAACAAGGUAGUAAUUAUACUAGUUAAUGCAAUACUUAUAUUAAGGAGAAUAGUAAUAAGUGGAUAACUUCCAAGAAUAUUAGGAUUAAGAAAUAGAUCCAGAUGCUAUGACUUAUGAAUAACUUUUAGAAUUGGAAGAAUAAAUUGGGUAGAGUUACUGAUUAAAUUAGUAAUGUACCAAAGGGACUAACCAAAUAAUAAAUUAAACAAUUACCAAAAAGGACAUUAAAUUAAGAUAAUAUACCUGAAGACAAGUAAUAAAUAGAUCAUUAUUAAUAGAUGUUCAGUUUGUUUAUUUGAAUUUAAGGAAGAGGAAAAGGUGCGAGAAUUACCUUGCAAACAUAUAUAUCAUUCUAGUUGUAUUAAAAAUUGGUUAUAGAAUAAUAAGUAAUGUCCAUUAUGUAAAACUGAAAUUGAAAUUUAAAUAAAUGAAAGUGAUGAUUAGGCCAAUUAAUAAGAUGAAUAAGAAGAUUAGGAUUUUAAUUAAGAAGAGUAAGAUUAAUAAUAAUCAGAAACAGAAUGA